AUGAGGGCUUCAUUGAAACUUCUUAUUCGGUCGACAUCAGUUUGCCUUGAUGGAGGAGCACUGAAAGUUGCCCGUGAAGCUACUCUUUCGCCGGAACUUUACCUAGAACCAGGCAAGUGGAAGGGAUUGAAGCCUGACCAAAUUUUCCAGCUUUAUCGUGAAAGAGUUGUAAGACUUGGUAGUGAAUAUAAGCCUUGUAAGGAAGAGUUGGAUGCAUUAUUAUCUACUUCUGAGUAUACUGGAGUGUCCGCUACUGCUAUCAAAAGCGUUUACCGGGGAGGCGAGCAAGCAGCUCAUGAUGUUGCAGGAAUUAGUCUCGAGGACGACUUCAAACCAAAGCCUUUCAUGUUUGACGACUUGCCAUCUCAAGCACAAUUGCUUGUUCAACAGCAUCGUGAACAAAGAUUCUACAAUCGACUUGCUGCGUACGAACUACCCCUUCUAGCGCAAUAUCGACAAAAAUAUGAAAGGCCCUCUACAAAGACAAAGCCUGUUACUUAUCGCUACACGACGUAUAUUGGGGAAGAUCAUCCUAACUCACGAAAGGUCGUUUUAAAUGUAAAAACACGCGAUUUAGGUUUGAACGACAGAGAACUGCACAAGCUACGCGUAUUGGCAAGAACUCGCUAUGACCAUACAACUGAUGUUUUUAAGAUGUCUUGUGAUAGUUAUCCUGAAGCUGCUCAGAAUGCACGUUAUUUAAGCGAACUAUUGGAAAGGUUGAUCAAAGAAUCUAAAGAUAUGACUGACGAUUUCAGUGAUGUUCCGUUAGACACCAGACAUACUGUGGCCAAGCAUCUUCGUAACAAAAAACGCCACUACGAGUUUCCUGAAGAGUGGAAGCGUCCUGAAGAUGCUCCUAAGAAAUUAAUCGACGUGGUGGCGUUGAUGAAGAAAAACUUCUAA